CUUUCUUUCUCUCCAAGUUUAUCGUCUCCUUCAUCUUGCUGCCUAGACUCCUUUGUUGCAGGUCUCAUGUAAGAUUCAACAAUGGAGAAUACUUUGUACAUGGUAUCAGUCGCGUAAGGACAGCGAUCCUGACAAAUCUCAUAAGCUUCCGCAUAAUCUUCUUCUCAUAUUUCCAAAAACAUCAUGCCUUCUUCAGAACAAAAUUCACAGAAUUACGAAUUUCUGAAUGAUCCGCUUUAUCUUUCUCCGUCAGAUCAACCUAACUUGAUCUUGAUCAAUACGAAAUUGACUGAUCAAAAUUACAUCUACUGGAAACGCGAAGCCUAUCUCGCGCUAAUUUCCAAGAACAAAGAUGGUUUUGUUGAUGGAACAGUCGAGAAACCUGACAAGAAGGACAAAACAUAUCAUCAAUGGAUCAGAUGCGACAUUAUUGUUACAAGCUGGUUGAAGAACUCGAUUGAACAAAACAUCAAAGAUACUGUAAACUACAUCUCAUCUGCGAGAGAUCUCUGGAAAGAGCUACAUGAGAGUAUGAAGAGGAAGAAGAACUUACUCCACUUGAAGAACCCUCUGAUUACAUGGAAGAAAGAAACACACGUCAGAAAAGCUUUGCCUCUUCUGAUGAUAUACACCAUCCUGAAAUGGAUUCACAAAUGAUGAAAGGUAUUGUCAACAAUGUUGUUCAGCAAGUCCUAAAGGUCAUGACAGAUCAGAAUUCUUCAAUCACAAAAUUUCCUACUAUGGCCUCUACUUCUUCAGCAAAUUUUGCAGGACCGUUCAAGUAAUGAAGUGUUUGCUACAGCUCGCAGAUCUGGUGACCUUUACUGGCUCAGGCAGGUCUUUGGACUUGGUUCUAUAUCUGCCAAGAUAUCUACUCAUAGUCAAGACAAGAAUAGUUUAGAAAUGAAUAAAUGUAGUAACAUUUCUACUGUUUCCAAUAAUUCUUGUAAUCAUUCUAAGGAAGUUAGUUUGUUACAUGCUAGACUAGGCCAUACUUCUAGUGACAAAUUGAGGCAUAUUCUGGGAACAAGUUCUCUUGCAAUAAAGAACUUCUUUUGUGAAACAUGUAUUCUUGCUAAGCAUCACAUGUUAUCAUUCAAUAAAAGUGUUUCUCAUGCUUCC